GCCUGGAGUGGCCACGUGUGCGCCUGCGCGCUCUGAGACCGCCCUCCAAGUGACGUGAGAGACCCCUCGGAGCGCUUCGGCCGCGUCUCUCAUCUCCGGCUCCCGUAAUCUGCUGUGAUGGCUGCCGCGGUCCCUGGCGCCGUUUCCCUCUCCCCACUGCUGUCUAUUCUCCUGGGCCUGUUGCUCCUCUCUGCUCCUCAUGGCGGCAGCGGCCUGCACACGAAGGGCGCCCUUCCCUUGGACACAGUCACUUUCUACAAGGUCAUCCCCAAAAGCAAGUUUGUCUUGGUGAAGUUCGACACCCAGUACCCCUACGGUGAGAAGCAGGACGAAUUCAAACGGCUGGCUGAGAAUUCGGCCUCCAGCGAUGAUCUUUUGGUGGCAGAGGUGGGGAUCUCAGACUACGGUGAUAAGCUGAACAUGGAGCUGAGUGAGAAAUACAAGCUGGACAAAGAGAAAUACCCAGUCUUCUACCUCUUUCGGGAUGGGGACUUUGAGAACCCUGUCCCAUACAGUGGGGCAAUUAAGGUUGGCGCUAUCCAGCGCUGGCUAAAGGGUCAGGGGGUCUACCUGGGCAUGCCUGGUUGCCUGCCUGCCUACGAUGCCCUGGCCAGUGAGUUCAUCAAGGCUUCCAGCAUAGAGGCCCGCCAGGCCAUCUUGAAAAAGGGGCAGGAUGGCCUCUCAGGUGUGAAGGAGACAGAGAAGAAGUGGGCCAGCCAGUACCUGAAGAUCAUGGGGAAAAUCUUGGACCAAGGUGAAGACUUCCCAGACUCAGAAAUGACUCGGAUCAGCAAGCUGAUUGAGAACAAGAUGAGCGACAGCAAGAAAGAAGAGCUGCACAAGAGCUUAAACAUCCUGACUGCCUUCCGGAAGAAGGGGGCUGACAAGGAGGAGCUGUGACAGGGUUUGCUGGGGUGGGGAAAGGGAGGGCCAUCUGCUGGCUGUGAGGCCCCUGUGGAGUACAGGUUGUGGAACAAAGCAGUCCUGAGCCAGAAACCUGAACCCUGAGUAUGUAUGGACAUUCAUGUUGCUGAGAUCAUACUUAGGACAUCCCUAGAAGCCAGUGUGUGGAGAGCCUGUCAAGGCUGGUGAGCUGCCCCUGCAGAGGAAUUGGUGCUACAGAGUUAAUGCUGAACAAAUAAAAGUCUUGUUUUGGUUA